AUGGCGUUGCGGACUUUGUCGCUGACGAGUCGGUUGCGGGGGCGAUGGUCUGACCUGGGGCGCGUGCUGGCAAUGCCGGCAGGACAGCAGCUCGUACAGCACCAGGCGCCGAGCAUCCAUCUCCGCGUUCGGGCGCUGCACAUGCAGCGCCCGCAAUGGCAGCAAGCACAAGUCCGAUUUUGCCAGCGCAUGUACGUCCCCGCUCGUCAGAACUCGGUUGUUUGCGACACCAAAUUGGAUGAACCCUCACCGCUGACUGGAGCGGCGUCAUGGCCCGGUCGCAGCAUUGGCUACGACAAGGAAAUUGGCGAAUACGUGCGCUGUGGACAGCCUUUUACUGAUGCCACUAACCACGAAGCUGCUUGCCAAUACCACGAAAUCAGCUUCUUCGGCACAGUUGGUUCAACUGUUGCCAGGACAAUGAUUUCGAGGCUCCCGGUUGCAAGAGCGGGCCUCACCUAGACGUGGUUGAUGACUUUGAGACACGUGGGCACUCUGUUGACCCUAAGACGGUGGCUGAUUUGGAUAAACUGGAGCACCAACAGCGUUCCUAGCUGUGACCAUGUACUACGCGUCGCGACGUAUUCUUAUCUGACUUUGUUUGCGGGUCGCCACCCAUGCAAGACAUUGGCACCCUGAGUCGCCACCCAUGCAAGACAUUGGCACCCUGAGUCGCCACGGUCCUUUGCUAAUCUAAUCGAAACCAGCUUCCA